AUGCCACUAAAGCUUCCGUCAGGAGCAGUGGUCGCUGUAGUACAGCACCGGGGGGUGUUGGGGGGGUGGGGUGUUUGGGGUGGUGGGUGGGGGAUGUGGUGGGGGGGGGUGGGGGGGUGGGGGGGGGUGGUGGGGUUGUGUUGUGGGUGGGUGUUUGUGGGGUGGGGGUGGGGGGGUGGGUAUUGUUUUUUGUGGGGGGGGGGGGGGGGGGGGGGGGUUUGGGGUGGUGGGUGGGGGGGUGUGUUUAUAAUAGGGUGGUUUGGUGGGGAUUUGGGGGGGGAAAGUAAGUAUUGGGGGGGGUGGGUUUGUGGGUUGUUUUUGGUUUGUUUGGUGGGGGGUUGGGGGGUGGGUGGGGGAUGUGUGAGUUUUGGGGGGUGGUUUGGUGUGUGUGGGGGGGGGUGUGUGGGGGGGUGUGGGGGGUUGGGGUGGUGGGGGGGGGGUUGA